AUGGCUACCUCUCGCUACGAGCCUGUAGCUGAAAUUGGUGUCGGUGCCUACGGGACGGUGUACAAGGCCCGGGACCCCCACAGUGGCCACUUUGUGGCCCUCAAGAGCGUGCGAGUCCCCAAUGGAGGAGGCGCUGGAGGGGGCCUUCCCAUCAGCACUGUUCGCGAGGUGGCUUUACUCAGGCGGCUGGAGGCCUUUGAGCACCCCAAUGUUGUCCGGCUGAUGGACGUCUGUGCCACCUCCCGAACCGACCGGGAAAUCAAGGUGACCCUGGUGUUUGAGCAUGUAGACCAAGACCUAAGGACUUAUCUGGACAAGGCACCCCCACCAGGCCUGCCGGCAGAGACCAUCAAGGACCUGAUGCGCCAGUUUCUUAGAGGCCUGGAUUUCCUUCAUGCCAAUUGCAUCGUCCACCGGGACCUGAAGCCAGAGAACAUUCUGGUGACGAGCAGCGGGACGGUCAAGCUGGCUGACUUUGGCCUGGCCAGAAUCUACAGCUACCAGAUGGCGCUUACACCUGUGGUUGUGACGCUCUGGUACCGUGCUCCUGAGGUUCUUCUGCAGUCUACAUACGCCACGCCUGUGGACAUGUGGAGCGCUGGCUGUAUCUUUGCAGAAAUGUUUCGUCGAAAGCCUCUCUUCUGUGGAAACUCCGAAGCCGACCAGCUGGGCAAAAUCUUUGACCUGAUCGGGCUGCCUCCGGAAGACGACUGGCCCCGAGAUGUGUCCCUCCCCCGAGCGGCCUUCUCCCCGAGAGGACCCCGCCCAGUGCAGUCGGUGGUGCCGGAGCUGGAGGAGUCCGGAGCGCAGCUGCUGCUGGAAAUGCUGACGUUCAGCCCACACAAGCGGAUCUCUGCCUGCAGAGCCCUGCAGCACUCUUACCUCCACAAGGAAGAAGGCAGCCCGGAGUGAGCAGCAGUCACCGCCACGCCCUUCUUCCGGACACUAGGGUGGCGAGAACCCCACGGAGAAGACCGCUCUGCUUCGUCUGCGGCCGGGCAGACUCCUACUUUUUACAGAGAAUAUUUUGCUACCUUAAUGACAUUCCCUUCCCACCCCUCCUUUCGAGGCCUAUCCUCCUGCCCCGUUUCUCUACACUAAGGGGUAUGCCCCAUCUUUCCCCCUUUCCUACCUUGAUACUGGGGUCCUUUUUUAUACAGGAAAACAAAUAAGACAAAGAAAUAAGGUC